AUGAGGAGGUUCUAUAGCCAGAUCGCCCGUAGAAAGCCACUAUUUGACGGGUUAGAAAAGUACCUCAAUUCUUCCAAGGUACCCAAUACUACCAAGAACAAAAUUUCAACAGUAUUGAAUUCUUUGAAGGUCCAGUUGCAGUCACAAGAUAGCAAGUACUCUCCUUAUACUGUCAAAGUUGGAAUUUAUUCUCAUGAUACUCAAUUGUCAGUCAAAUUGACAAAAGCAAUUCUUGUGGAUCCGCUAGAUCCUAAAACUUACUGGAGUGACUAUGAACAAAGUUUGGAUAUAGCUAAGAAUAACGUCUAUCAAUAUGGCGACCAGUUUCAGGUUGACAAUAAUAUUGAAUCGAACUAUUAUAGAAUACCCAGCCCUUUCCUUUCUUCCGAGUAUAGGCCAGUUGUCAGGGAGAAAAUCAAAGAGGAUGAAGUGAAAGAGAUUGAUAACACUGAAAUUGGGUACGAUAAACAGUACUUUAAUGAUAUUUCGAUAGUUCAAGUUAACGCAGAGCAGCCGAAACUAGAUGACGGCUCAAUUCCUAACGUGAAUAGUUCAACCAUAGAUUUGAACAAGAAUCUGAACACAAAUCUUAAAGUUUCAACAUUUGUUCCAAAAAUUCUCUAUGACUGUCAUUUCAUCAUUCAUUUGAAGUCAAAUCUGCAUGACACACUCCCCCCAGAGUUAUCCGAUACUAUUCCAGUUUUCACGAUUGUAAACAGGAAUCAACCGAUAGCCAACCAUAUUACCGUUGAUGUUGAUGAAGCUAUAAAGGCUAACGAGCUUUUAAUGAAAUCGCCUUCUAAUUCAACUCAAUAUCUUAACUUGCUAGAUGAAUCUAAUAUUCAUCAAUUACUUAACCUGUUGAACAUUGAAACAUCCAAGUACAACCCGAUAAAAUGUCUUUCGGCAACUAUAAUCAAUGACUUGUAUGCAUUGUUUGACACCAGCAUUGGGGGCUCCAAGUCACCAAAUGAAAUAACGUUAACUCCGAGACUAUCCGUCUCCAAAAGUCAAAAAGAACUCGAGAAGGUCAAAGAACAACUUCUGGCUAGUAUAAAUGAUUGGAGAUACAAUGCCCAUAUAGCUUUACAAACCAAGGUGAUCCCAUUUGUUCAUAACGAAGUGGUGAACAAGUUUUCCAAAGUGCACAGAAAUUUAGCUCAACUUGACGAUUUGAACGUGGUAAUAUCAAAUAAACUGUUUGACGAAAACACAGAUGGAUUUUUGGGUCAAGAAAUAAUCAAAUUCAAUCAAUUAGUAGGACGCAUUAGUGCCCUGAACACGGAAAACUCAGCUACUUUAUCUUCUGAAAUACCCCUUCUAGACUUGAAGCAAUUAGCCAAAGAUGAUAAACUACUGGUAUUACAGAACCAAAUAUCGGAUUAUACUAUCAAACAGUUAUUUGUCAUCAAUAUCCCAACAAUUUUAGUAUCCACGGGAUUUUUUGUCAAGGGAUUUUGGUCUGGUCAAUCUUUAGUCGCAGUUGUACUCUUGGGACUGGCCAUUUCACUGAAUGACAUCAGCAGAACGCUCUUCAAGAGUUUGUCAGAGUUUGAGAAAUGGUACGUCAACUCACUUAGAGAAAGAAUUGACCAAUCGGCCAAUCAACUGACAAUAUUAUUACAACAACAGGUCAAGUCCACAAACGACACAUUAAUUCAAUCAUUGAAUGAGGUUGAAGAAUUAGAAGCCACUUUUGAGGACUUUUGGAAAGAUAAGUAA